AUGGCAAAGUCACGUCGUACAUCGUAUGCUGUCACGAGUGCGGCGCUGCCCAUAUUAAAAACGUUGGGACUUGAAGAAGUUGAUCCGGAGGAUGUUUUCGAGCUUCAACGCAAAGAAGGGGCCGGCGCAUUCGGACGCGUCUUUCAAGCUUGUUAUAAAAACGACCGCACACGACUCGCGGCUCUUAAAGUCAUUCCUGUUGCGCUAGAGGCAGGCGAACGGGGUGAAGAUAUUGAAAAUGUGCGACGUGAAAUUCAAUUCUUACGUGAAUGCAACCACCCAAAUGUUGUCGCAUUCCAUGGUGCAUACUAUAAGGACGGAGCGUUAUGGGUUGCAAUGGAGUAUUGCGCCGGUGGCUCUGUCGGGGAUGUCCGUCGAGCUCGCUUGUUCAGUGAGCAGGAAAUCUCCGUCAUCAUGCGAGGAGCACUUUGUGGCUUGGCAUACUUGCAUUCGCGUCGUAAAAUCCAUCGUGACGUUAAAGGAGGGAAUAUUUUACUCACGGAUUCGGGUCAAGUCAAGAUUGCGGAUUUUGGAGUGUCAGCUCAAUUACGAGAUACGCUUUCUCGACGAGGUUCGUUUGUAGGCACGCCAUACUGGAUGAGUCCAGAGCUUAUACAAGAUAGUAAUUAUGACUCGAAGGCAGAUAUUUGGUCCUUGGGGAUCACAGCGAUCGAAUUGGCAGAUCAAAAGCCACCACUUUACGACGAACAUCCGAUGCGCGUGCUUAUUCAAAUCCCACGCAACCCACCGCCGCAAGUUGCACAACCAGAGAAAUGGUCGACUGCAUUCUUAGAUUUUCUGCGCUUUUGUUUACGAAAAGACCCUGCGGAGCGUCCUACAGCGGUUGAGUGCAUGCAGCACGAAUUUAUACGGCGUCAGCUGCACGUCGGACGUGUGUUUGCCAGGGGGGAUGCGGUGGAUAAGAAGACGGUGAAUAGACAGACAAUUGAGGAAGAAUUUGAAGAGGAGAUAGCCGAGGAAGUUGGUGCAUACGAUAAUGCGAGUGAGAACAUGGAAGAUAAAGGAGAAUCAGCCGGACUUAUUAAAGACACUUCUGAGUUAAAAAAAGCUGACAUGCGUAUCGCCCUACAAGUCAGCUAUCCCAAAAAGGGAGACGAAGUGGCGGAUCCUUCGACAAAUGAAUCAGUCGCUCUUGAAAAGGAUCUGCCAGCAUUCAGUCAGGUAGACAAUAAACAAAGUCAUGAAAGAGUGACGCCCAGUAAGGUACAGAACACGCUGAAUACGCCGAGUUGUCGUCAACCCCCUACCGAGCUUAAACUGUUUCCAUCUCCUGUGAAAUCCCCAAUGAACCAGAGUCGAAUUACCUCAACUCGUUUUGCAAAAUUGGAUGAAACAUCAAAAAAAUGUGGCAGUGAUGUGUCCGACGCAUAUACAGCUUCAGACCCAAUAAAGCCGCCAGUCUUGUUUCACCCAAAGACAUCAAUAUCACCACCAGUCUCUCCUUCGGUUCACUCUUCUUGGCUUUCAAAAUCAUCGUUGUCGGAUGACCCACUCGCAAGCAUUGACACUAUUACAAGCACUCGUAUGAAUCGACUUCUAUCAUCCUUGUCAACGUCUACUCCUACAUUAAAUCUGGCAGCUGCCUUCCAAGAAAACAAUGUCCAACUCGUUGCAAAGGUAUCGUCUCGAAGUGCUGCGCAACGGCAAAGCUUCAGCUGGCGAUCAGUGGAGGCAGCACUUCCAGCUGGCAGUGCCUCUAUUCGCACAGACUCCACCCGGCCGAGCGGCAAGAUCUUUGUUGGCGAUCCGGUACAGGCUUCACACGACGUUUGUGUAAGGUUUAAUUCAAUUCAAGCUCAAUACGAGGGCGCACCAUUGUCUGCUGAGUGGAGAGCACUACAUCAGCAGUUUGGUAUCGCGUUGGUCCACAUGCGCUGUCGGAGUUCAACAUCACACGUAGAAGAUCUCGUACCUGCACUAAUUCGGAUGUUGCGUCGAGAGCUCAUUCGUCAUGGUGGUCUUAGAUUCGCAUUUAUUUACAGAGUGUCACCACUUCAAGAAGAUGUGCAGAGUGCAAAAGCAGCAAUUAAUUGUGGCUCUUUAACACCAGCUCAUGUAUCAGACCCUCACGUUUGCGCAAGCCUUUUAAAAUUGUGGUUACGUGAGCUACCAACACUAUUGCUCGAUAGGUUGGACGUCCAAGAUCUGACUGAUCUCACCAAUUUAACAGGAUCAGGUAACAUGGACGACGACGAUGAUCUGCAGCUAAUCACAACCAGAAAUAUCGACAUCGUCGACGCUCAGAUCACACGCACACUGCAAAAGCUUGAGCCACGGGAGUAUGCAGUUUUGCAAUGGCUUCUUGAGCACCUACUCGAAGUGAAUGAAUAUCGUGCGCUCAAUCAAAUGACAACGCAAGCUCUAGCCACUGUUAUAGCUCCUAAUCUCUAUUCGUGUGCGGGAAAGGCUAAAAAAACGCACGAAAAUGCAGGGAACUUGAUAAAACAGGUCGUGCUCUUUGUUCGCGUCUUGCUAUCAUGGCGUCGCGGAAGUCCGCUCACGUUAUUGUACGAGCAAGAGGAGGAAAAUUUGGCAGCAGCUUUUACAUCUAAAUCUCCGGCAAAUGACACCAACUCAUCAAAGUUGCAGCAACGAGAUCGUCAUUCUGAAAAAGAAAAUACCACUAAAGUCAAAGCUGACCCGGAGGUGGAUAACGACUUUGUUUCACUAGAAACCGCACUUCGCGCACACGUCAAUCGCCUUUGGUCUGACGUGGAGAAGAGCGAUAUCACUACUGUCAACACGAAACGUCAAGAGCAUGUGCUGCGUGUCGUCUUUAACGAAUUUCAAGAAUCCACACUUAAUCUCAUUGCUCGGCACACAAAACGACAAGAAGAACGCACUUGGGCACUUCAUCUGCUUGACACACGGAAGACUGGUCAGCAAUUGGAAACGACAGGUUUGUCGUCCUUGAAGAGGAUGAAAGACUGGGUGGACGCUGCACUGUCGUUCGAAGCAUUCUGUCGACUUCUUGAUCGAGAGCAAACGACACAGGAAAAAAUAGAUCGCCUGCAGGCGAAACUUGGAUUUUCACCUAGUUGUCUGAGCCGAGAGUCAACUACGUUCAGUCGAAAUGUUUUUGAUAAUCUUUCGAGACUGCACGACAAACACCUGUUUGCAAAAUACAUGUCAUGCGACAAAGAGGUACCCACCCCAAAUCACGACAAAUAUGUCAGCAAUAGUCUACAUAAUGGCGUAGUACGGCUGCUUAGUAGACGUGCUGAUCAUCAUAAUACUGUAGCGUCUUUAGAAGAUCAAAAUUUAGCAAAGAUAGGUGAGAGCCAUCCUGCAAUCGGUAAUCUUCUGGUUCUGCUUGGUGAGAGCAAGCUAAAAUGGGACACCGAGUCUAUGCUGGCUUGA